GCCUGAAUUAUUCUGCUUUAGGUGUUAUGCUGUUCUAAUUCAAAUUGGCCUUUAUAACUUUUGUGAUUUUUCGUGAACUAUUUUCGUUUGUUAUUGCUUUAAUUAGUUUUGAUUUGAGCAGUCUAUUACAGGGAUUACAAACUUUUGAAACGCGAUGGCCGGGUUUUUAUCCUUAUCGUCGCGUAAUCUUCCACGACACGCAAUCCGCAUUGGGCUCCGAUCACUGGAGGGAAGGAAUCUGCAGGUUAACAAGGUUGCUAGUUCCCGAACCUAUCAUCAGGUGAACGAUGUGCUGCAAAAAAUAGUUCAUGCGUCGGUCGCUCAGAGCGCACACGCUCAAAAAUCGACUAUGACAAGCUGGCAGACGACGAAACGUAAUCUAUUUCUGUCUAGUCGGUUGUUGAGUUCCGAGAUUGUAAAGGUACCUCCCUUUGCUGAUUCUGUUUCGGAAGGCGAUGUCAAAUUCGAUAAAAAGGUUGGUGAUUCGGUUGCCGCUGACGAAAUUGUAAUGGAAAUAGAAACCGACAAAACUACGGUUGGUGUUCCUUCUCCUGGACAUGGUAUUAUAGAAGAAAUUUUUGUGUCGGAUGGUGACACCGUAAAAGCUGGCCAACAACUUUUUAAAUUGAAAAUUACUGGAGAGGCACCAAAAGUCGAAAAACCUGCCGCCGCAGCUGCUGCUCCUUCGGUGACGCCACCAAUACCUGCACCACCAUCACCAGCGGCAACAGCUAGUGCUAAGCCGCCACCACCGCCACCGCCAGCUGUGAAGAUUCCACCACCGGCACCUCCUCGGCCAACUGGACCCAUCAGUAAGAUGCCUGUUGCGGCCAUUCGCCACGCGCAAGCGAUUGAAGCCGCCACUGUUAAGGUUCCUCCGGCGGAUUAUAGCAAGGAAAUUACGGGCACAAGGACCGAGCAACGCGUUAAAAUGACUCGUAUGCGGCUAAAAAUUGCGUCUCGUUUAAAAGAAGCGCAGGAUACUAAUGCUAUGCUGACUACGUUUAAUGAGAUUGAUAUGAGUUUCAUAAUGGAUUUUCGCAAACAACACCUAGAAGCUUUUCAGAAAAAGUAUGGAAUGAAAAUCGGAUUCAUGUCAGCGUUUUGCAAGGCGGCUGCCUAUGCUCUUCAGGAUCAACCUGUAGUGAAUGCUGUCAUUGAAGAAAAUGAAAUCGUGUACCGUGAUUACGUGGAUAUUUCAGUCGCGGUUGCUUCGCCUAAGGGUCUAGUCGUGCCAGUGUUAAGAAACGUUGAGGGAAUGAAUUUUGCAGAUAUUGAACUAUCCAUUGCUGGCCUGGCUGAUAAAGCAAAGAAAGGUACACUUGCUGUAGAGGACAUGGACGGUGGAACAUUCACUAUUUCAAAUGGUGGGGUAUUCGGUUCCCUGCUUGGAACGCCUAUUAUCAAUCCACCACAAAGCGCUAUUUUAGGAAUGCAUGGAAUAUUUGAGCGUCCAAUUGCAGUGAAAGGACAGGUUGUUAUUCGACCAAUGAUGUAUGUUGCUCUAACGUACGAUCAUCGACUGAUCGAUGGCCGCGAGGCUGUAACAUUCUUGCGUAAAGUGAAAGCAGCCGUAGAAGAUCCUCGCAUUAUAUUGGCUGGCUUAUAAAAAGAACAUUUUACGUACUAUUGAAAUAUGCAGGUUCUACCAGUUAAAGUAAAUGUUUUGCAACCCGGCGGAAUAUGUUCAUAGUCUUUACAACAUCAUUAGUAUUCGAGUAAAACAAACAACUUGCAUAAAACUUAAACGAGAAUCUUAAACUAAUCAAGAUACGGACGCAGUUUUAAUAUCUCACAUGUAUUAUCGCUUUACCAAUGAUGUUUCAAUAAACACAUACAAAUAUUGGUGCUUAAUUGAGGACUAUUCGAUGUUACGUAAUUCAUAAAACGUUUUCGUUGAGGUAAUACCAUCUAUAGUCAUUGCAAGCGAAUGAUUAAGCAUGAAUAAAAACAUGGUUUUACUCCGUGAAAUAAUUAGGCAUUUUUGCGAAACUUUGAAAAAAUCAACGAAAAUAAAUAUGGUAACGAAUAUCUGCAAAAUAACUGAAAGAA